AUGAAUUGGCAUAAUUUCGAUAGAAGAAAUGAGAAUCGCAUUUUCUCUAUUCCAACAGAGACAAUUGAACAAAACGAGACAGAUAGCAUUGAAAUCAAUGAUUGUCCAGAAAUUAUAUCGAAUAAUCGGAUAUAUUGCUGUUCAAUCUGUGAUAUAAACUUCUCAGGGCCAAAAUCCUUACAAAAGCAUUUAAGGAAGCAUUUCACAUCAGAAAAUCCUUCGUCAUUUGCAUGUGAGCAAUUAAGACCAGAAGGCAACGAAACUGAAGGCGAAAACCAUAACUUAUAA